UGCUGUUCCAGUCGGGUUUCAUUGGUUUCAGCCAUUUCAUUGGUUUCAGCCAUUUCAGUUGCUGUUUGACUGCCGGAGAAGUUUGUUGUGCAUUUUUUUUGGUGCGCGGCGUGCCACGGAUUACAACCACAACCACACUAACACACACUCAGCGGUCAAAUUAAGUUUUUUUUUUUUUCGUUACCCAACUCGCAAGUGCCGUGCAAUUAUUGUUCUAAUUUUGUUAACCGAAAUUGAAAACCGUCGACGCUUUUUGACAAACAACGCAACAACCAAAUUGGCGUAGCGAAGAAAAGAAUCACAAACAACGAAACAGGGGAAAGAGGGAAGACAAGAAGAGAGCGGCAGAAGACUCUGCGGAUGAAAUGUAGCAGAAUUCUUAUAAUCUUCUGUGUGCGGUGACGAAGUGACGAUAAAAGCAACCGAGAAAGGAGCAAAGAGAGAAGAAGAAAGAAGGUUUAAGAAAGAGCUCAAAAACAUAAAACACAAACUCACACGCUGGCAGAACGGUUAAAUGAAACGCAAGGCAACAACAAAGCAACAAUGAAUCAACCGGUUUGAAGACCACAUCCACACGGCAGUCCAUUCCCAAUUAGAUCAGAUCAGAUCCGAUCCGAUCCAGGAAUCCAGAAGAGCUACAGAAGGAAGGAGAGGCUACAGAAGCAGGAGAUCGGGAGAGUAUCGUUUCCACACCGAUCCCACCGGAGGACAGUGAUUAGAGAGUUGCGGAAUACUCAAGAAAGCACAUUGGAGCCAUGGACUGGGCCGAAGGCGAUCUGGUCUGGUUCGAUCCGGGCAUGGGACACCCCAUUCCCGGCGAGAUCCAGGAGGUCCACCGCGCUGCCCAGGUGAUCGUCGUCCAGGCGCUCAUUAAAGGAAAGAUGCGCAUCGUCCGGUUCCACUUGGAGCCGUGGCAGCGCGGCGGCGGCGGAUCGGUGACCCCGAGUCCCGCCCAGUCGCCCUCGUUGGCGCUCCUCUCGCCGCAUGUCUUGCGUCGCCAGCGGCCCGCCAGCUUGGAGGAUCUGGAGGAUCUACCGGGCCACCAGCACUCCUCCAUCAAGCAUCCGGCUGUGCCCUCCAGUCGCCUGCGACGCCUCAAGUGCAGAUAUCCGCAGGUCGUCAAGCGACUCUCCACCCUCUGCAGCGAUGUCAUCGCCCGCCAUCCACAGACGUUCGCCUUGCAGCCAGGAGAGGGAAGUCUGCGGGCUCGUCAGGAUCUGGGGAGCAGCGGAGUGGAGGACAUGACCCUUCUGGACGACCUGCACGAGGCGUCGCUGCUGUGGAACCUGCGAUUGCGCUACGACAAGGGUUUGAUCUACACCUUCGCGGGGAGCAUCCUGAUCGCGGUGAAUCCCUACAAGAUGUUCCCCGAUGCCUACGGACUGGAGGUGGCCAAGCAGUACGCCGGGCGUCCGCUGGGUUCCCUUCCCCCGCACCUGUUCGCCAUUGGAGCGGCUGCCCAUGCGGCUCUGCCCUCGCCGCAGGUGGUGGUCAUCUCCGGGGAGAGCGGCUCCGGCAAAACGGAGUCCACCAAGCUGGUGAUGCAGUACUUGGCGGCGGUGGUUCCCGGCGGUGGUUCCGCCUCGGCGGUGAUCACCGAGCAGAUCCUGGAGGCGGCACCUCUUCUCGAAGCCUUUGGCAAUGCGCGGACCGCUCGGAAUGACAAUAGUUCGAGAUUCGGAAAGUACUUAGAGGUCUACUUCAAGAGCGGCGCCAUCGUGGGGGCCCGCAUCACGCAGUACCUGCUGGAGAAGUCGAGGAUCGUGACGCAGGCGCCGGGGGAGCGCAACUACCACGUCUUCUACGAGCUCCUCGGCGGACUCUCCGAAGCGGAGCGGUCCAAGUACGGACUCCUCGAGGCGGACAAGUACUUCUACCUGAACCAGGGAGCCACCGAUUGCGCCAGUGGUCGCGUGGACUGGGAGUCGCUGCAGGGAGCCAUGCAGGUUCUCGGGGUUUCCGAGGGCGAAAGGGAAGGGAUCGUCCGUGUUCUGGCCGCGGUGCUCCACCUGGGCAAUGUCUACUUCCACCGCAGGCAACUGCGACAUGGCCAGGAAGGAGUGGAGGUGGGCUCCGAUGCGGAGAUCAAGUGGGCCGCCCACCUGCUGCACAUCAGCGCCGAGGGACUGCAUCGAGCUCUGACCAGCAGGACGACAGAGGCGCGAGCGGAGCGACUCCACACGCCACUGGGAAUCGAUCAGGCUUUGGAUGCCCGCGAUGCCUUCGCGAAGGCGCUUUACGCAGGACUCUUCAACUGGUUGGUCUCCCGCAUCAACUCGAUCGUCCAGAAGGGUGGAACCCACGAUGCACAUCGCAUCAGCAUCCUGGACAUCUUCGGGUUCGAGGAUCUGGCGGAGAACAGCUUCGAGCAGCUGUGCAUCAACUAUGCGAACGAGAACCUGCAGCUCUACUUCAACAAGCACGUUUUCAAGCUGGAGCAGGCGGAGUACGCCAGGGAGCGAUUGGAGUGGACUCCCUUGGCUUGGGACGACAACCUGCCGGUGAUCCAUCUGCUGGCCAAGAAGCCAGUGGGCAUCUGUCACCUGCUAGACGACGAGUCCAACUUCCCGCGCGCCACCGAUCUGAGUUUCCUGGAGAAGUGCCACUACAACCAUGCGCUUAGCGAGCUCUACGCUCGUCCGAGGAUCGGUGCCCAGGAGUUCGGGGUGACCCACUACGCUGGUCAGGUGUGGUACUGCGUCGAUGGAUUUCUGGACAAGAACCGCGAUGCCUUGCGGGGAGAUGUCCUGGAGCUCCUCGCCUCCAGUCGACUGCCUUUGGUGGGCGAACUGACCAAGCAGUUGAGAGCACAGCGGGAUGCUGGGAAGACCCUUCCGAAGGGCAGCAAUGGACGCUUCGUUACCAUGAAGCCGCGCACUCCCACGGUGGCCGCCCGCUUUGCGGACUCACUGCAGCAACUCCUGCAGUCGAUGGGUCGCUGCCAUCCGUGGUUCGUGCGCUGCAUCAAACCGAACCAGGAGAAGCACGCCCUCCGCAUGGACAUGCCCUGUGUGCUCCAGCAACUCCGCUAUUUGGGCAUGCUGGACACCAUCCAGAUCCGGCAGCGCGGCUACCCAGUGCGUCUGCGCUUCCAGCACUUCGUGGAGCGCUAUCGCCACCUCCUCGCCGCCCCACUUGCGAGGGGAACUCCCUACCGGGAGCUCUGCCGCGCUCUCCUGGAGGCGAUGCCACGAACGGGAGUGGAGGGACCCGAUUACCAACUGGGCGCCACGCGCGUCUUCCUCCGGGAGGCUCUGCAUCGCGCUCUGGAAAGCGGACGCACGGAGCGCCUUCGUCGGGCGGCGGUCAGUGUGCAGCGACAUGUGCGUGGAAUGCUGGUUCGUCGGCAGUUGGCGCGUCGCCAGGCGGCGGCCACUCGGUUGCAGGCUCGCUGGCGAGGUCAGCGGGAUCAGCAGCGGUACGAGCGACUGCGAAGGGGAGCCAUCACUGCUCAGCGCUUGUGGAGGGGCAGGCAGGCCAGGAGGAGGGUGCAGCAGCUCCGCUCGGAUCAUCGGAGGCGCCAGGAGGCAAGGGAGGCGGCUCAGCGAGCUCGAGAGGCACGGGAAGCCAAGCAGGCGGUGCUGGAGCGCAGUCAACUAAGCUACCUGGAUAUUCCCGCAGAGCUCGCUUUCAUCUACUCGAAGCUCCAGGGUUGGUCGCCUCCGCACGGAGAUCGUCACCUGGUAAAGGUUCUGGGCACAGUGCCAGGACCUCCGGCAUCCUCUGUCCAACUACCCGAGGAUCUGGCGCAGUUCUCCUUCGGGAAGUUCAGCAGCGUCUACUGCAACGGAUUGCGCCUGCAGCCGCGCAGGGAACCCAUCACUGCCCCACUCCUCACGAGAGCCGCUUCGCGGGACCAGGACUUCCAGGAUGCCCUGGCCGUGUUCAAGUUGAUCCUCCGCUGGAGCAAUGACAAGGCGCUCGAGGGCGCCAAGGAGAAGCUGCUGGCAGACUACAUAGUGCACAAGGCACUCAGCUCGCGGGGAUUGCGGGAUGAAAUCCUGGUGCAGUUGUGCAACCAGGUCCAUGGAUUGCCACCCAACUCCUCGGAGGCCACGCGAUUGUGGCAACUGUUGGGCCAGUGCCUCUGCUGCUUCCAACCAAGUGCCGCUUUCAGCAAGUAUCUGAUGCGCUUCGUGGACGACGAGGCGCCUGCUGCACUGCGUCCGCUGCUCCUGCGCCAGCUGCUCCGCCAGCAGGGAGGAGGUUCCCACUCGGCGGUGGGCGGUGCCUGUCGGAGCUUCGUUCCCGCCUGGUUGGAGUGGCGUGCCUGGACGCGAGGGUGCGACAUGGCCCUUCCCCUGACUCUCCCCGAUGAGGCGAGUCAAACGGUGGCCGUGGACUCGUGGACCAGUUGUGAGGAAGCCGCCGCCUUGGCUGUUUCCUCACUUGGAGUGGCCAGCAGGGGAUGGACUCUCGUGCUGGAUGAUGGACAGCAACUAACAGACAGCUGUGGACUGGACUACGUAAUGGAUCUGAUUGCGGAGAAGGAGCUCUGUCCCGCUUUCCCAGCGCCAAGGAGCGAUCUCCUCCGAUCGGGUGCCAAGUUCGCAAGGACUGCACUUCCGGAGGCAGUGAAGCGACCAGCGGUUCCGCCACCCGCUCCACCCACUUCCAGUGGCAAGGAGGAAGUGCCCCGCGAAAGGAGGAGCAGCAGGGAACUCCUCUCGCGGAGCUCAGCCCUAAAUGAGAGGUACUUCGAGAGGGAACCCAGCCCGGGAGCAGGAGGAUCGGGCUCGGGAUCGGGAGCGAGUGCCAGUGCGGCCAAGUCGCGUUCCAAGUCACUGGACGACCUCCUGGCCGGGGACAUAGCACCCGUGCCACCAGACUGCGACUCCCAGGAGCCACUCCACACUCUUGGCCUCUCGGAGAGUCGCCUGAACGAGCGGUAUCAUUCCGCAGAGAGGCUGGCUCCCAUGGGAAAGGAGGCGGCUCCGCGCUACCAGAAGUCCCAGCACGCCGGUCGACGUUCCCAUGCCGCCUCCCACGGAUCGCAUUCGAGCAAGUACGCGGACAAGGCGGAGUACGCCACCCGAUCCUCCGCGAUGUCGGACACCAGUGAGGCUCCUUCCUUGGCUUCCCAUGUGCGAAGGGUGAGGGUUCCCUCGCAGGCGUCGGAUGUGGAUCAGUUCCUGGAUGACCUCUUCAGUCCGGUGUUGGAUGGAUCCUUGGACGAGUUGUCCGAUGCCCGCUCCUUGGCGGCCAGCAUUCGUGGCGGAGGUUAUCGGCCGGGAGAAGAGGAGCCUCAAUCGGAGAUUGAGGAUCUCGAGGAGUACAUCAAUGAUGUGCUGCCCUUGAUGGGUAACUUUGAACAGCUGAGCAACAAGGACCAGCUGGCCAUCAAGAUCAAGGGAGGAGGAGCAAUCAAUCGAAGAGAAUCAAUGAAGCAACAAUCGAGUGAAGAGGAUUCAGAAAUAGAGGACCUAGACGACUACAUCAACGAGGUGUUGCCACCCAUCAAUUUAGUUGGAAGCCUGGACAAAUUGAGCAACAAGGAUCAGUUACCCCUGAUGAUCAAAGGAGGAGGAUCAAAAACCAACGCAGAAGAGGAUUCCCAUAUAGAGAACCUCGAAGACUACAUCAAUGAUGUCUUGCAACCCAUUGAAGUGACCCAAACCCUGGACAAGCUGACCAGCCAGAAAGAGCUAACCCCAAGCAUCCGCGGAGGUGGCAGCACGGACAGCAACGGAGCGGAUCCACUGAUCCACCAGCUGAUGCAGCUGCCCGGGGAACCCGAAUCCGGGCCAGCUCUCUACCAACAGCAGGUGCAACGCGCCUUCCUGCAGUCCGCGAUGGCGCAGAACCUGCAGAUCCAGCAGCAGCUUCUGGCCCAGAACCAAGCACUCCAGACGCUCCUCAGCCAGCAGGCGGCGGCAGCGGCGGUGGUCAGUAGUUCCGCCUCGCCACCACCUGCUCCCCCGAUCCUGGGAAGCCUCUCCAUCUCCCCGCCGCCUCCGCAGUCGCCGCUGCGGAUGAAGGCCACGCGGAGCAGCCUGGUGGUGAUGGAGGCACUGCAGCCGCCGCCUCCUCCUCCUCCGCCUCCAAUGCCGCCGCCACUGGAGUGCAAGGACCCCUCGGAGACGCGCCACUUCCUCGAUCCCUACGGACGCGCCAAGACGGUGCGGAUUGGCAAGUGGCGCUGGCCGCCGCCGCAGGACGAGCCCCAGUUCCAAACGGAGGAGGACUUCUUCGCCUUCAAGAUGCGCCAGCACCAGCGGAAGACCACGCCGCAGGCACAGCACCACCAGCUGAGUGGCAACGGGAUGGACUUGAGUCUGAAUCCGGGGGGCAGGGGCUCCUCCUCCGCCACGGCCAUCGAGUGGGAGGAGUUCGAGAUCGAGAGUCCCACUCCCCCACCUCUGGGUGGAGGCCAGGUGAUGCGCAGCAGCAUCCGGAUGGAGACCACCACCACCACCACCACCACAACUGGAGGAAUCAGCAACAGGGAGAGGGAAAAGGAGCGGGAGAGGGAGCACCAGGAGGUGGGUCCACCCUUGCAGAGCGUGGUCACCACCAAGCUGGCCAAGAAGAGCUUCGAGAUCGGAGCAGACCGACCUCCGCCUGGCAGCGUGGGCAAACUGAAGCUCAGCUCCGAGAUGCGCCAGCGGUUGGAGCAGGUGACCGCCGGUCACUCGGUCCGCUCCACGGUGUCCACCAAGUCGGAGCAGCGUGCUCCGGCCAAACUGGAGGACACCCGCAAGCUGAUGCUCCAACAGCAGCUGGGAGGACUCUUCGCCAGCGUUUCCGGAGGAGGUGGCCCCUCUGCAGGAGGAAACGGAGUGGGAGGCCUGGGAGGAGGAGUAUCGGAUUCCCAUGCCACGGUGCGCACGCAGAUCGAGCGAAUGGAGGGAAAGCUGUCGCCUCCACCCGCUCCUCCCACCGGUUCCUCCUGGCCGGGGGUGCUCCUCCCUCCGGCUCCCAGUGUCCCAGCCCCACCACCACCCAUCCGACCACCCAGCAUGGCGCCGCCUGCUCCACCGCCGGCUCCACAGAGUCCACCGACCACGAGGAGUCCCGAACCGGAGCCAGACUACCGGAGCACCAAGGAACAUGUUCCAGCUUUCAUCCAACGCCAGGAACGCGACACCUUCGGUGCAGUGCGUCAGCAGCAGAUGGGAAUGGGAAUGGGCAUCGGCAUGGGAAUGGGGAUGGGAAUGCACGGGCAGCACAGCCUGCUGAUGGAGGAGCACUCGGCGGGGGGAUCCUCGCCGGCGACGGGCGCUGGCUGGGAUCAGGCGGACCGGGAGAGGUCGCGCAGCCGGAGCAGGAGCCGCGACCGCGAGGACUACUCCGAGUCCGUGUGGGACCGCGCCGAGGUGGAGGGACCCGCCUCCGGGAGCGGGAGCGAGAAGGAGCGCGAGAAGCGGGAGCGGGAACGCGAGCGGCUCUACGAGAUGCGGCAGGUGGAGCGCGAGCGGGAGAGCCACAAGGUCUACCAGCCGGCGCCACCUAGGGUAAUCCAGGCCAGCAUGGACACCACCGGGGGCCACCACCGCUCCGGGUUGGCCACGUUCCGGACGCACAUGGCCCAGAAGUACGAGCACGAACGGAAGAGAAAGAGCUCGGCCAGCUCCGGGAUGCGCGAGGAGCUGGACUCGAUGCACACGACCACGCCGCCGCCGGUGAUCGUUCCCGCUCCAGUGCCUCCGCCGGCGACGAGCAGUCCGCCCAGCCAGGUGGCCAUCGCAUCCGCAUCCGUUUCGGGAUCGGGAUUGGGAGCCGGGAACAGCAGCGCCUGCUUGACCUACAACCGGGUUCCCUGGAAGCUGCGCGUGCGCAAGGAGGUCUUCCAGCCGCACGAACCCAUCGGACCACCGGUGGCCCUGGAUCUGCUCUUCGCCCAGGUGCUCGGCGACGUCUUUGGCGUGACUCCUUGCCUGAGGAUCACUCCGCAGGAGAAGAGCUCCGCUCUGAACAUGCUGCAUGGCCACGGAGUGAGUGUGGACACGCUCUCCAACCGGAAUGGAAGUGGAUCUGCAGGAGGAGGAGCAGGAGGCGGAGGAGGAGCAAGUGGAGGGCAGGUGCGUGCGCUGGUGAAGCGCCACCUGGUGGACAUGGCGCGCGACUGGCCGCUCUACUUCGCUCGGUUGUUCGCCGUGCAGGGAGCUCCUCUCUAUCCCGACGUGAGCAUCAUGGGCGUCUCGCACAGCGGACUGUACCUCGCCAGGCGGGACGCCGACUACCUGAUCGUGGUGCAGGCCAUCUCCUUCGGGGAGAUCCAGAGCGCCGUCACCCUGCCGCGUCCGGCGGCCCUCCAGCUCAACCUGCGCAACGGGAAGCACCUGGCGCUCCACGCCGCCCGCGCCGCCGCCAUCCAGUCGAUGGUCACCAGCUUCGUCCAGGAGUUCCGCAAGUCACAAUCGAAGGGCUCCACCCUUUCCUCGGGAGCCCGUGCCGCCGCGCAGACCUUGAAUGUGCCGCUGGAGCGCCUGGAGUCCCGCCAAGCGCACGCCCAGCGGACGGAGCACGGCGUGGACGGAGGAUCCCGCCAGAACGAGUCGCUGCAGCAGCAGGCGCAGCAGUCGGAGCUGCAUCACCACCUGCAACAGCAGCAGCACCACCACAACCACCACCACCAGCAACAGCAGCAGCAGCAGCUGGAGGAUGCCCUCGAGGAGCAGCAGAUGGCCUCCGAUCACCAGCAGCAGCAGCAGCAGCAACAGCAACAGGGUCAGCAGCAGCGGUUCCUCAAGCAGCAGAGCUACCUGCACUCCGCCCGCAAAUCCACCGCCGGCCAACAGCCAUCCUCGCUGACCAACGGCCAGUCGCACCAGCAGGAGCAGAUCCUGCAGCACCAGCAGUCGCAGCAGUCGCAGUCCCUGCCGCACCACGACCUGGAUGCCAACUACCUGCAGGAGGAGGGCAACGGGGGCACCCCGCCCUCCGUCACCAAGUACUCGCUGCUCCAGUUCGCCAUGCAGCACUUCCGCAACGACCAACUGAGGGACGCUGACCGGCACCACGAGCGGCACCAGUCGGCGGCGAACCGCUCGUACGCGGAGCUGGUGAAGUGGCAGGGACACGCCAUCCGCCUGCCGCUCCUGCGGCUCCCGAACGACUUGGCGCCUCUGGCGCUCGAGUGCUUCGACUGCAUCCUGCGCUACUGCGGCGACAUCCCACUGGACCCCGACCUCACCGAGGUCAAGUGCGUCUACACCGUGCUCAUGCACUGUCACAAAUACCUGGCGCUGCGCGACGAGGUCUACUGCCAGCUGAUGAAGCAGACGACGGCGAACCGCUCCCCGUGUCCGGACAGCUCGCAGCGGGCGUGGCGCCUGCUGAGCAUCCUGGCGGCGUACUUCGGCUGCUCGGACGCACUGCGUCCCUACCUGAUGGAGCACCUGACCUCGGCGGCCUCCGACCGCCGGCGCUCCUGCCACGGAACCGCGGCCGUCUGCCUCACGAACCUGCGCAAGACGGCCCGCUGCGGCGGUCGGAAGAACGUGCCCAGCGUGGAGGAGGUGACGGCGGUGUCCGCCGGCAGGUCGGCCCGUCGCCAGAUCUACCGACUGCCCGGCGGGGCGGAGCGGGUGGUGAACACCCGCUGCUCCACCGUGGUGGCCGACGUGAUCGCCGAGUUGUGCGCCCUCUUGGGCGUGGAAUCGGAGGCGGAGCAGCAGGAGUUCUCGCUGUACUGCAUCGUCCAGGGAGACGCCUUCACCAUGCCGCUGGCCGCCGACGAGUACAUCCUGGACGUGACCACGGAGCUGCUCAAGUCCGGGCAGCCCUUCUACCUGAUCUUCUGCCGGUCCGUCUGGCACUUCGCCUUGAAGAGGGAGCCCGCUCCGAUGCCCCUGUACGUGGAGGUGCUCUUCAACCAGGUGGCGCCCGACUACCUGGAGGGCCUGCUCCUGGAGCUGCCCGGGAACGGGGUGCCCGUGCCCGAGAUGGUACGCGACAUGGCCCGCAUCGCCGCCCUGCUCCACCGCGCCGCGGAUCUGAGCCACGUGCCGGCGAUGAAGGAGAUCAAGUUCCUGCUGCCCAAGCCGGCGCUGGGCAUCCGCGAGAUCCGCCCCGCCCAGUGGGUGGGCCUCGUCCAGUCGGCCUGGCCCCAGGUGGCCGGCCUGAGUCCCGGCCAGGUGAAGGCCCAGUUCCUCAACGUGCUGGCCGCCUGGCCGCUCUUCGGCAGCAGCUUCUUUGCGGUGAAGCGCAUCUGGGCGGAGGAGGCGCCCCACGUGGAGGACAACCACAGUCCCAUGUGGCGGGACCUCAUCCUGGCCCUCAAUCGUCGCGGCGUCCUCUUCCUGGACCCCAACACACACGAGACCCUGCAGCACUGGAGCUUCAUGGAGGUGAUCUCUACGAGAAAGGUUCGCUCCGAGGAUGGUGCUCUCUUCCUGGACAUGAAGGUGGGCAACCUGAUGCAGCAGCGCGUCAUCCGCGUCCAAACGGAGCAGGCGCACGAGAUCUCGCGCCUGGUGCGCCAGUACAUCACCAUGGCCCAGAUCAGUCAGCGGGACAAGCGGGAGCUCAACUAGUUGCUCGAUUGCUUAACUUCCCGCUCACAAGAAUCAUCUUAUUCGUAUCCGAUAUCGUAUUGAGUUACCCCCCGUAUCUCCACACACACGCACACACACACACAAACAUUUUUUUGUCGUUUUUUUUAAGUCGCGAGUACUAGUUACAGAUAUAUAUUAUAUUUAUUGGCGCCCAUAUGCAAGAUACAUAUGCCUGUUUAGAUACUAAUGUUGUGCUGGUUUAUAUAUCCUCCCAAUCCCCGAUUCCCUUCUUUUCACCCGACUUGGUGGCGCUACGAUGGCCAUAUAGUAGACCCCCUCGAUUCCCUAGAUCCCCUCGAUUCCUAGGCUUAAGCGAACCAAGUGCAAUCCGAGUGCAGGAUUGGUCCCCUCCUCGUUUCAACGAUCCAACGACUUCGUUUAGCACUUAAGAUUAGCAAACUUUAUUAUUAUCAUUAUUUUAUUUGAUUUUUUUUUGACAUUUGUUAAAUCGAAAAUUGCCUAGCGUAAUCCCUAAAAUAAUCAUAAAUAAAUACAAUUUAUAUAUGUAUAUCUAUCGCAAAA